UUGGAACCUCUCAAUGGCUCAGCAAGGUGGCGUUCCCGAGUUCAAGUUGCUUCUGGUUGGUGAUGGUGGUGUGGGCAAAACCACACUGGUUAAACGCCAUCUCACAGGAGAGUUCGAGAAGAAGUACAUCCCGACGCUCGGGGUUGAGGUUCACCCACUGAAGUUCAUGACUAACUGUGGCGAGAUCAUCUUCAACGUGUGGGAUACUGCUGGUCAGGAGAAAUUCGGUGGUCUCCGUGAUGGUUACUACAUCCAAGGUCAAUGCGCCAUCAUCAUGUUCGACGUCACAUCUCGAAUUACGUAUAAGAAUGUUCCCAACUGGCACAGAGAUAUCGUCAGAGUCUGCGAGAACAUCCCCAUCGUCCUCGUUGGUAACAAAGUCGACGUUAAGGACAGGCAGGUCAAGGCCCGGAAUAUUCAGUUCCACCGCAAGCGCAACCUUCAGUACUACGAUCUCUCAGCUCGGUCCAACUACAAUUUUGAAAAGCCCUUCCUUUGGCUUGCUAGGAGGCUGACCAACCAGCCUCAGCUUGUCUUCCAGGGUGAGUUCGCCAAGGCUCCCGAGUUCCAGAUCAACCCCGAGCUCGUCGCCCAGCACGAGAGAGAGCUCCAGGCUGCCCAGGACCAGGCUAUUGAUGAUGAUGACGACGACUUGUAAACCUUCAUAUGCCGUUUCCCGACUCCUUUGGGGACAUAUUGACAAUUAUCGUGGGAAGGGUUUCGUCUUACAGGGAGCUAUAAUCAUAAUAGCAUUCUCUCUA